AUGCAACAAAAAUACCGAGAACUACUAGGAGUAGAAUUAGAAUCAAUAGGACAAAUGCACGGUACAGAAGAUAUGGAAAAUAAAAUGUUUAAAAAACAACAAGAAAGAAGACAAAAACCAAAACCAGAAAUAUUCCCACCAUCGAAACCAUAUCAUGAAUAUUAUAAACCACAUAAAGACUCUCCAAGAAAUCCACCACCAAUAAUACCAAUAUCACCAACGGACUCCACUAAAAGUAAUGAUGAAAAUGAUGAGGACCAAUGGAUCUUAAAAGAUAGAUAUAGUGAAACUAGAACAGAAACAUGGGUAAACCAACAAGAUCAACAUUCAAGACCAAAUUUACCAAAAAACUGGCUAUUACCAAAUAUUCUAUCACUAAAAGGACUAUUCUCAAGAAGAGAACACGAAAGUCUAUAUAGCGACCAAGAUCAUAGAGAAGAAAUAAUAACAACACAUAAAAGAACCAGAUCACAUAACUCACAAAUAUCGUAUCCAAGAUCAAAUAACCCAAGACUAACAGAAUGGAGAAAACAAAAUAAAGUACGAAGAGAACUUUAUGAAAACCAACAAAGAGAGGAAAUAACAUCUGAAGAUGAAAGAGAAAUGGAUGAAGUAGAACAAGAAAUAGAAAAUGAAGGACUAAAUCGACCAAUAAGAUACCAACAACAACAAGGAAUACAUUAUGACCCACAAGAUCAAAAUGAAGCAGGACCAUCAACAAAUUAUACUCCAAGUUAUACUCUUUAUGAAUCAGACUAUACUAAAACAUUAAAAUCAAUCUGGAGGGGUUUAAAAGACAUAUAUGAAACCUCAACAAUAGGAGAUAAAACACCACCACCAUCACCGAAAAAAGAAGGAAUAGGAGUACCAGAUGAUAUAUCAGAAAUGACAGAUAAUGACCCAAACAACUUCAAUUUCUAUGAGGAAAUAAAAGAAAAAUACCCUAUAGAAAUGAGACAUAUAAUAUUACCAACUAUUAAAAAAGGAAAAAAUGUUAAAUAUCAAAUACUUUCUGAUGAAAAUACAGACAUACCACCAAUGUUUAUAGGGUAUUGUAAGAUUAAAAAACCCACUAAAAAUGAUAUAUAUAUAGGAACAAUAGCUGAAAUGGCAAAAGAAGCAAUAAUAGUCCAACCAGGAAUAGCAAAUGACGACCAAAUAAUGAUAAUGAAUAUUUCAAAUAAGAAAUUUAAAAUUAGAAAAGGACAAAAAAUAGCAAAUG